AAUUCUCGCGCGCUCAAUCCACGAGCAACUACCUUGGAUCUGAUUGGCUUCUUCAAACUUAUCUGAAGGACGGUAUAUAGUCAGAUAACUACUUCAUUGUUGUGCAAAUGCAAGCAUGUCCAUUAAAUUCCAAAGAUUUGUUAAAAUUACGAUGUCGAUUUCGUACUGGACAGUAUACUUUGAGUGAUUUAACUGCUGAUUCAACCAUCAAUGAACUACUUCAAACAAUUACUUCACUUGUAGGUGUUACACAAUCUCGUAUAUCACUUUAUUAUGGUUAUCCUCCCCAAAAGUUGGAUUGUAGCAUUUCAAGUCUUAGUAAACAUCUCUGGGAGAUCCCUCUUCGUUCGGGUGACAUGCUUACUGUUGAUGUAACGGAAGAAAAACCAACAAAUGUCAACUCACAAACUGUAAAUCAUCAACCUCAUGAACAUGAAAUAAUCACUAAUGAAAAAUCUGAAUCACAUAUUGUCCGAUUAUCUGCACCAUCUGAUAAUUCUUGUCUAUUUACAAGUGUUCUUUUCUGUAUGAAUAAUGAAGACAAUCAUUUAAAAAUUGGUACAGAAGUUGUAACAAAUAUUGCUGAAGUCAGUAAUUUAAGAGAAUUAAUUUCCGGUAUUGUGUUAAGCGAUCCAGUCAAGUAUUCUGAAGCAUUCCUCGGGAUGUCAAAUGAACAGUAUUCACUUCAAAUUAGACAAUCAGAUAAAUGGGGUGGAGGUAUUGAAGUAUCAAUUUUAUCACAAUUAUAUAAAAUUGAAAUAUGCAUUGUAGAUAUUGAAUCAUGUCGAAUUGAUCGUUUUGGUGAAGAUCAAAAUUAUCCUAAAAGAAUUUUAUUAAUUUAUGAUGGUAUACAUUAUGAUCCAUUAGCACAAGAAUGUCCAAAUCGUAAUUGUUUAAUAACUGUAUUUUCAUCAGAUAAUGAUUCAAUUCUUUUUGAAGCUCAACAAUUAGCAUCAAAAGCUCGUGCUGAAUGGGCAUUCACUGAUCUUUCAUCAUUUACAUUACUUUGUCGACAAUGUGAUGCACCAUUAAUUGGUCAAGAAGCUGCACAAAAACAUGCACAAUUAACAGGUCAUACACAAUUUAGAGAAAUUUUACAUUAAGAAUAUCAAUUUAAUUGAAGUAUAUUCAAUAUAAUUGUUACAUAUCUAGACUGUUGUUUUGUUCUUCUCCCCUUUUCUGGUAGCAUUACAAAUUGAAUGUAAAAUGAAUGAUUUGUUUUGCUCAAUGUAUUCGCUUUAGUUUUCUCUCUGAUUUUUUUGUUGGUAUUAUCAUUAAUAAGUGUUGCUAAUGUUUGUUUUCUUUUUUUUUCUUUUUCUUUUCUUUUCUGUUUUUUUUUAUUUUGUGCAAAAAAAAUUUUUUCCAUUGUACAAAUUGUAGAAACUUAUUACAUUGUAGAAAUGGUAUGAUUUCAAUUGUCUAUCCAUUCAGUGUUUCUAUCUAUCUUUGUUAAUUAAUCUACUUGUAACUCUGACAAUACAAUCAUGGAUGUGAAUGUGUCACAUACACACGCAUGGAUACAUGUGUUUUUUUCUCUUUAGAAUUAUUGGUUACAUUGUGUACAUCUGAAUAAUAUUUGGUUGAGGAUAGACAUUAACAC